CGUACGGAACAACCGCUGCUUUACGUUCCUCUUAACGUUCUCUCGCAUUCUGGACCAGCCACCAACACAGACGUACACACCUCGCUUUUCCCUGUUUUCAUACGCAGAUGUCGUAAUCCCCUGCGAUUCAAAUUCAGCAGCUUAGUAGUUAAAGCUGUGCCGAAUGCGUUGUUUUCUGAUCUGUGUGUCGCUCUCACUUCACCAACCGCCGCGACACUAGGAAGAUGGCGACGGAGGGUGCAAGCGGAGAGAAGCCUCCUCCUGUUCAAACGCUUGCAACUGCGGUGCAUGGAAGCAUAGAAGCGAAAUGUGAGUUUAACGUGGACAGUCUGAGCAAGCCAGAGCUCCUGACGCUGCUCAGCAUCAUGGAGGGGGAGCUGGAGGCACGCGACCUGGUCAUCGAGGCUCUGAGGGCCCGCAGGAAGGAGACGUUUAUCCAGGAGCGCUACGCCUGCUUCACCCUCACAGACCCCUUCCUGGCCUUGCAGCGCGAUGGACAGCCCGGGGGAGGGGACAAGGAGGGCCGGAGCCUGGGCGCCAGCCCCAUCUCUGUCCUGGAGGCCGUCAUGGCACACUGCAGAAAGAUGCAGGAGAGGAUGUCUGCUCAGCUGGCUGCAGCCGAGGGCAGACAGAAAAAGUUGGAGCAGGAGACGGUGCAGCUCCAGAGCCUGCAGCAUGAGCACAGGAAGCUGACUGCGCAGCUGAAGGUGGAGCGUGAGCAGAACAAGCGCAUCGUGGCCAUGCUGGUGCGUGAGUGCCGGCAGCUGGCCGAGCGCAUGGUGGAGGAGAGCCAGCUCUUCGAGGAGCUGUCGCUCCGCCUGCAGGCCGAGGCCAAGGCCUCGGGGCAGCUGGAGGAGGACCUGCGGGCCGAGCGCAGCAAGGGGCAGCAGAUGGAGGCGCGGAUGGAGAAGCAGCUCUCUGAGAUGGACGUGGAGAGGGAGCAGCUCCGGGCCUGUCUGGGGCGGGAGGAGGCGCGCUGCGCCGAGCUGACGGAGGAGAGCGAGGGCCUGCGGAGGCAGCUGGAGGAGCUCAGGACCAAGAGGGGCACCAAAGCCCCGUCCCCCACGAGCACGGCCCCCCCGCCCAAGCCCACCGCCUCUGUCGCCGUGGAGACGGAGCCCGUGAGCUGGCGGGCGGCCUCGUGCCAAACGGACCCCGCCGCUGAGUUCGGGGCGGAGGGUCUGAAGAACACCCCCCUCACCAAAACCGCUGGCGGCAGCUAUGGCAGCGCGAGCUUGCCCAAGACGGGCGUGCCAAGGGGGCAGGUGUACAGCGGCCCCGGGGGGCUUCUUCAGACUGAGAAUGGGCCGUCCGGGGGCGAGACCCCGCCCACGUUCGCCCCCGCCACACCCAUACACGGUUUACACUCGCCGGCCACGCCCACGGGGGUCAGCCCCCGCGUGCAGGCCGCCCGCUACAAGUUCCAGGCCCCGCCCUCGGAGCAGGACCAAAAUGGCACGGGCGCGCAGAGCCCGCGGUCUCGAGACGUGUCCCCCUCCAACCGGGACCUGGUCGCCAAGCAACAAGCCCGCCACACCGUCACCCAGGUCCUCUCGCGCUUCACCAGCCCUCCAGCGGGGGGCGCCCUGAGGCCCGGCCUGCCCCACUCCACCUCCGAGGGGGGGCCCUUCCCCGGGCGCCUGAGCCACCCGCAGAUCAAGUCCCCCACCUCGGGCAAGAUCGACCGCGGCAACCCCCCGCCCGUACCGCCCAAAAAACCGGGCCUCUCGCAGGCCCCCUCCGCGCCCCACCCCCCUCUCAAAGUGGUGGGGGACGGCAGCAGGUCCCCCGCCUCGGGCGUGGGGGGCCCCUCAAAGCCAGCCACGCCCGUGCUCCCGCCCAAACCCGCUCUUGACUUGGCGGGAGCGGGCGGGGCCGGCCCUGUCCCAGCCUUGACUGCAUCUCAGGUGGGUGCCCACCCCGCCCAGGGGCCGGAGCCGCAGUGGGCCGCAUGUGCAGAGUGCCGCCCUGUCACCGUCGCUGUUGUCCGUAGCCCCCCCAUAAACCCCGUUAGCGCUUCAUCCUGUAGACCGUGUGAUUCAGACAGGCCCCUGGCAGCAGCUUCAGGCUGGACUUCCUCCAUAGACCCCUCCCUCCCCAGUGGUGACCCCGCCCCCCUGGCUGACGGGUGCACCCUCCUCCUCGAAGCUGCUACCCAGGGAAACGUCACUUUACUGUCAAUGCUGCUUAACCCAGAUCCAAAGGAUAUUAGUCACACCCACGAGGACACAAACGCUGCCUUGUUCUCUGCUGCUCAAAACGGACACACAGACUGCAUCAAGCUGCUGCUGGCUGCAGGAGCGUCUGCUGGAGCUUCCGCUGCUAACGGAUUAACACCUUUACACACGGCCGCAGACCGAGGACACUUCAGGUGCUUGGAGCUGCUGUUGGGCGUGGUUGCUGAUGUGAAUUGCGUGGCCACUGGGGGGCAGAGCGCUCUGUUUCUGGCGUGUGCCAGCGGGAAUCCGGAGUGUGUGAGAGCUCUACUGGACGCUGCUGCCGACCGGUCCCUGGCCACAGCUGACGGAGAGACUGCUCUUCAUGCUGCAGCUGCUGGAGGCCAUGUUGGCUCUCUGGAGCUCCUCCUACAUCACCCCUCACGCCAAGAGAGCAGCCUCCUUAACCUGACUAACCGAGACGGCUGGACACCUGCCUACGUCGCUGCUGCCAACGGCUACAAGAAGUGCCUGGAGCUGCUGUGUGUCCACAGCCCUCAUGACCUGGAGCAGAGAGACGCCUGUAACCGCACCAUCCACCAUGUGGCCACCGACGACUGCAAGAACCUUCUGGAAAAUCUCUACUCCUACAGGGUCCUGGUCCGGAUCCAGCGCGGCUCGGAGGAGCAGAUAUGCAUGGUCGACGUGCUGGAGGACGGUCCGACGGUCGGCACGGUCGCGGUCCACAAGGACACGCGCUGGGAGGAGCUGAGUCAGGCCCUGGCCGAGACGCUGUCGUCGCACUUCCACCUGCUGACCGGCGGAGAGGACGGUGGCAGGGACCUGGGCCUGAGUGCUGACAGCGUCUCCUCCAUCCUCAUCGGAAAUGUUGAUUGGAACAUGGACCAGGAGCCCUUGCAGUCGCCAUGGGACUUGAUCAGAAAGUGCCACUGUCAGCACAUCACAGUCAAGCUGAAAGGCCUGCAGGAGUCUGCUCUGGAUGAGCUGGCGUACGACUCCCUGAUCCCCCUUCAGCUGCUCAAUAACUACCUGCGCUUGGUGGAACAAUACCGCAACGUUAUCCUCCAUGGAUUGGAGGGUAGCUGCCAGGGGUAUAUUGCCAACCAGCUAUCACUCUGCAUCAAGCACAGGCAGGAGGCAUUGGGGGUGGGAUGUGACAUCAUCACUGUGGAGAUGGAGGAGGAUCUGUCCAAAGAGCAGCUUCUGGAGACCUUCAUCAACUGUGGGUUCCUGGUCCCGGUAAACCAUGGUGCAGCCGGUCGCAGUGUGGUGAUGAUUCUGGAGGGCCUGGAGAAAGUCAGCUCUCUGUCGGAGCUCCUGGGUGACCUGUGUGACAGCCUGGAGACCCGGGGUGUGGUGUACCCUGUCCCCCUGCUCCACGCUCAGGAAGGCAGCUGCCUGCAUCACUUCCUGGAAGGAGGCUUUCUGAUUGGCACGCUGUCCAAGCCGCACCUCCAGGGGGCUGGGCUGUUGCUGCAGCAGCACUUCCGGUGGGUGCAGCUGCGCUGGGACUCGGAGCCGCUGGCCGGCCUGCUGACCCGACACCUCCGCAGGAAGCUGGUCCACAAGAUGAAGGGUGAGGUCCCGGCUCCUGCUGAUCCGCUGUGGAGGACCAUGGCCUGGGUGUGUUCUGUGUGGCAGCAGCUCAACUCCUGUGUGUCUCGCCUGGGGACCCCGGAGGCCCUCAUAGGGCCCCAGAUGUUCCUGUCCUGCCCUGUGAUCCCAGGCCAGACCCAAGCUGUCGUCAAGUGGCUUACCAGGCUGUGGAACUUGGUAGUAGUCCCUAGGGUGGAGGAAGCUGUCAUCGCAAGGGUUACGGUGCGAAAGAGUCCGACCCAGCAACAGUCACCCAGCAACAGCAACCUCAGCCCCAACCAGCAGGCAGUGGUCAAAGCUGCACUCAGCAUCCUGGUCAACAAGGUCAUCCUCCAAGGCUGCCCCCUGCCCCGUCCAGAGAUGGACAAGCACCUGUCUGAGUUCCGGGGCAGCAGGUUUCCGUUGUCAGCGCUCGGCUCCUACAAGGGAGGGGGCAGGAGGAAGGGGCGCGACAGCGCAGCCUGGAGGAGGGCCAACACCAGCCCGCGGAAGAAGAGCAGCCCGCUGUCUGCCUGGGGCUCUGGCGGCAGUUUGAGAGAGGGUUCACUGUCCAGCUGUGACCUCCACUCCAGCAGGAAGAACGCCACGCCCCUGAGCUGUGCAGAUGGAGAGCUUACCCAUUACUCUUUGGUUUCGGACGACGAGACAGACCUGAUGCUGCAGCUGCAGACCAUGUGCUCCAGCAAAUCUGAGCCUGACAUCAGAAAGAUCCCUCCGUCCAGUGAGGACUUCAUCGUGUUUCCAGGCACUCGCAGUGGACAAACGGCGCUGCCGGAUAACGAUGAGGAGAGCGCGCAGACUCCAGCAACAGGACGACGUCACUCCAGCAGCCACGCCCUGAGCACCCCCAGCAGUGAGAAACGACCAGCGCGACCCAAAUCCCAGCUCCCCGUCCCCAGUAGCAAGAGCCUACAGGGAGACCAGAGUACCGGAAGCAACAGCAGAACCAGCAGCAAAACAAGGCAAGCCCCGCCCAGCAACAACAACAACCAAUCACAAGAUAUCUGGAUCCUGCAGAGAGACUUGCAUGUAAACAACAAUAAGUAGUCCCUCCCCAACCUUUUUGGGUUUCAUUGCUAUGUUGUUAUGUAGCAUUACAGUAUCUGUACUUUGUUAACUGUACUCGUUACAGUGUGUAACAUUGUGUUUGGGGACCAGAGAUUUAUUAUAAGACAAAGAUGUGAAUUUCAAGGAAAACGCAGAAUAAAAGGGCAAACGUACUGUUUGUUCUUUUAAAGUGAAUUUUGGAUAAUUGCAGCAGGUCUUUUUUUUUUUUUUUUUUUUUGGUUAAGUAUUUUAAAAUGUAAAGGUGUUUUAUGUUUAAAUGGUUGCAAAAUAGUCAAAAGAAAAAGAAAAGAAAAAAAACAGUUGGAUUGAAUCAGGGUUUUACCAAAUAAGUGUAAAUAAGAUACUGAACUGAUACUGAAACAUACUGUAUAUGUUAGACAAUUUGCUGUCAGUGGUAUUACAUUUGUACAGUAGACUUAAAAAAAAAAUAAAAAAAAGACUGUACAUAUGUUUGUAAUAUGAUAAUUAGGUUCCUAAAUGUUCACUUGUUUCAAAGUGAAUAGAAUGUGGCAAUAAGUACUGUAUUUGCAAACAGGACAUUUUCUCUCAACUGUAAGCCAUAACAAACACUUCAACUAGCCGUGUCCACCUAGAGGCAGGCCCCACAGACUUCACACCUUUCAGAUACAGAUCAGUACAUUGUGUGUUUUCUUUGCUCCAUUUUCUGACUUGUCACUUUACAUGGAAUUGUUCAUAUGUACAGAUGAUAUUUUUAGACCCCUGUGGUGUUGAAGUGUAUUAAAACUAUGGGCUGAGCGUUAAAGAAAUGUCCUGCUUUCAACAGAACCAUUAAAUCUGCACUGUUAUUCCCACGUCAUUUUCACAUGUUUAUUUUCCAGUGAAAAGGAACCCUCAUUGUUUGGGUCUCUGAAAAAGUAUCAAAAGAACAUUUUGUCAAUUCCUAUGAAAAGACUCUUAAAUUACAAUGUAAAAAAUGUUACUGAUGUGCCAAGGUAGAUAUUACUGUGACAAGGUGUAUUUGUAAUGGGCCAUUACAAAACUAUCAACCAAUUUUAUACAUUAAAGGUACAAUAGGUAUAAUCUUUCUGUUAAGACAUUGUUACAAGACCAUUGUAAAUCCCUUCCUAUCAUUGCAAAAAGGCUCACUGACAUGUUGACUCACCCUCUACCUGUGUCCUUAAAUUCGGGUUUCAAAAUAUGCAGAUGAUGGACCGGCACUCUGUACCAAAACAUUGUGUAACUGUACAAUAAUUCAAGCUCAUUGGUUGAAAAUUGGUUCUAACUGCCUCUGCCAAUGGUGUUUCAACUUCAGCCCAUUCACGGAGAAGGGGACCAGGGCCUCUUGACUGUUAGAAGUCCGAAAUUACCUAUUGUACCUUUAAAUUCACGAUCUUGCCAAUAAAAUAAAGAAAGCUGACAGAUAUCCAGUUUUGAAGCACUGGGGUUAACGCUGUAUUAAGACAAACAUUUUUCAAAGCACUGAUAUUCUUCCUUCUGUGUCCCCAUAAUGAAAAAAACCAAGGUGUAUCUGUACCUCGUUACAUAAAGUGCAUUCAAUAGAAAAAUAA